AUGACCGGCGCCGCCUCUUGGUGGACCUCCGGUGGCCGUUCAACGGUGAACGACGGUGGAGUCGUCAAGGGGGUUUGGUCGUUGAUCGAUGGUGGAGCUUUGAUCGAUUUAUCUGAAAUUAUAAAUAAUGGGAUUCUCUCUUUGGUGAGGUUAAAGAUCAGAGAGAAAGGCAGGGAAAAGUGGACGACAGUAACUACGACUACGUUGUCUGUAGGAACAGCUGCGGAAAUGGAGUGGGAGAUGAGGCCAGGCGGCAUGUUCGUGCAGAGACGUGCCGCCACCGAGGAUAACGGCGCCAUCUACAAGGUGAUGAUGAUGACUAUCACUGUGACGCACCUUUCUUCUCAUCACGACCUCUUCUUACCGAUGAACUCCACUUUCUGGGAUGUUAAGAAACUGCUUGCAAACAAAACUGGUUUGCAGCCUGAAGAGCAGCAACUCUUCUUCCGUGGAGAAGAAAAGUACAAUGGAGAGACUUUGUACGUAGAAGGUGUGCUGGACAAAUCAAAUAUUUUGCUUUUGGAUAAUACUGCUAGUGAAGAGUCGAAAAUUGAGGAAAUUAGAAAACAUAAUGACAUGUUAAAGGCUUUUGAAGCUGUUGGUGAAGUCAGAGCAGAGGUGGACGAGCUUGCUGAGAGGGUAUUUGUAUUGAAAGUGGCUGCAGAUGGAGGGACCAGGGUUUCUGACAAAGAGUUUUCGACGUGCACGGAGUUGCUUAUGAGGCAAUUGCUGAAGCUGGAUGGGAUUCAGGCUGAAGGUGAAGCAAAGCUGCAGAGAAAAGCUGAGGUGCGUCGUGUGCAGCACUUUGUUGAUAGUUUAGAUACUCUGAAGGAAAGAAACUCCAAACCGGUAACCACCACUGUUAAAACUGUCUCUGUGGGAACCCAGUGGGAGCACUUUGACUCUGGAAUGGGGAGCUUGAAUGCCCCAACAUCAUCUGCAAAUUUCACUCAAGAUUGGGAGCGCCAUGAUUAGGUCGGAAACUGUAAAGCAUUUAUAACAACAUACUGUUCUGAUAUGCAAUUAGAUUGUCCGUAUCAAGUACAGUGCAUCCAUUUUUAAUUACAUUGCUAACAUUCAAGGACUACUUUGAAAAAUAUAUACACUUUCAAAAAUUGAAACGA